GGAUCAAAAAAGAAAGCUCAGACAGCAUCCAUUUUCUCUACCACAGAAGAACCUAGAACCAGAGAGAGAGAGAGAGAGAGAGAGAGACAGAACAAGAGAGAGCCAGAGAUCGAGGCUUAAGUUUAUAGAAGGGGUAAAUAUGAAGGCAGUAGAGACGUCGCAGCCUGCGGUGCAAAGCCGACAGUUAGGAACUCAGCUGUCGGGAAGCAUGAGUUUCAGCAGCCAAAUGUCGAAGGAAGACGAAGAGAUGUCGAGGAAUGCUCUGUCGGCUUUCAGGGCGAAAGAAGAGGAGAUCGAGAAGAAGAAGAUGGAGAUUAGGGAAAGGGUUCAAGCUCAGCUUGGUCGCGUCGAAGAAGAGACUAAGCGUCUCGCUUUCAUCCGUGAGGAACUUGAGGGUUUAGCUGACCCGAUGAGGAAAGAAGUUGCUUUGGUCAGGAAGAAGGUUGACUCUGUCAACAAAGAGUUAAAGCCAUUGGGUCUUACUGUUCAGAAAAAGGAACGAGAGUACAAAGAAGCUCUUGAGGCAUUCAACGAAAAGAACAGAGAGAAGGUGCAGCUAAUCACCAAGCUAAUGGAGUUGGUGGGAGAAAGCGAAAAGAUGAGAAUGAAGAAGCUAGAAGAGCUAAGCAAGAGCAUAGAUUCUUCUAUACAACACUGACUUUUGAGCCCAAGACAGAAGAAAGAAACUUCUCCAGAGAUCAUUUCUCUGAGUCUUUUAACUCCACGUUUAGGUUUUGUGAUGGUGAAUGUAAUUUAUACUUUAUAAUCGUCGUGUGUUAUAUUUCUACCAUUGUUAUUAUUGUCUUUUUAUUAGGCUUUCCUGGAGAUUUUGUGAUGUUUUUUAUUAGGAAGUAACUCCAAAAAAAUACUCAUCGAGACAGGCUUGUAACUAAACACUACUCUCUUUCUUCUGUUUAUCCUUUUCUAUGUUUUUAGCCUUUCUAAUCGA